CGCACAGGGCUGGGGCUCAUCAGCGUGGUAGGUGCGACGAUGUUGCGUCUCUGCGCGCUUUGAAAAUGCGUGCGUCUUAGGCCCAACACGUGGAGGCGGGGCUGACGUAAGUAAAGGGAACGGUGCCUCACGCGUGAUUGAUUAGCCUUGGGUUAUAAAAGCCCUUCGGGGCGAGAUGGGAGGGUGGUCUCCGCUGACGGACAGUAGUGAGGCAAAGAAAGACAGAGAGAGAGAGAGGAGGAGGAGGAUAAGGGAGGGAGGGAGGCUUGCAGAAAGAGUGAAAAGGGAAAAGCAAGAUUGAAUGAAGCAGGCGGAGAGAAGCAAAGCAGAGAGUAGCGCGUAGAGGGUUGGAAGGACAAGGAGACAUAGACACGAGAGGACAAGAGGAGAUUCACACGCGAGAAGAUUGAGACAGUGCGCGCGACUGGCACAAUCUCGUCCGCUAACUUAUGUGCAAAGUGCAGAGAAACAUCAAAGGGCUCGCUCAGUAUGACUGGGUUAGCGCAAUAGCCGUCAGACCUGUGUUACAAGACUGAUCAUUACGCACAAUAGUUAAAUUGACACUUCGUACUUACGACUCGUAUUAUUAUUAUUAAUCCUUCUGAAUUCAUAAAUCAAGUACAUUUCGUUGGUUCCUUCCUCGCUAAACUAACCAGGGAGGGGUGGGGGGGGGGGGGGGUGGUGGUGGUGGUGGUGAGGGAAGUUGCCAGCGUCUCUCUUCAAAAGGAAACGGCAUCAACAUCAACAACAACAACAAAAACCGAACCCAGGUAGUGGCCAUGCGCACAGCCGAGGCAAUGACGCUCUUCGUCUGCCUCCUCGUCGCCGUGACCCCGGCGCGCACCGCAAAUCGUUACGGACGCUACAGCCGCUAUCCCAGGCGCGGCCCCACGGUGCUCCCCACGGGCACGGGCGGCGGCUGCGUCCCCGGCGUGGGAGUCGAGACGCUCUACUUCAGCGGACAGAGGGAGCAGCUGAAACUCAAGGGCGGCACGCCGCUGCUCUUGCGAACGCAAGCAGCCUUCACCGUCGAGAUGUGGAUUCGGCCCGAGGGAGGGCAGCACUCGCCGGCGAUAAUCGCAGGGAUGUUUGACGAGUGUUCGUACGUGUCCACCGACAAGGGCUGGGCCCUCGGCCUGGCCCCAUGGGACGAGUCCCACGGUGACAGCGGCGGCGGCGGCGGCGCUGUCGGCCCCUCUCGCUUCUUCUUCAGCCUCCGCACCGACCGCGCCCGCUCCUCCUCCAUGGUGUUCGCCCGCACGCGCUACGAGCCCGCCGUCUGGACGCACGUGGCCGCCACGUACGACGGGCGGGCCAUGUCGCUGUACGUCGACGGCGCGCGGGUGGCGCGCGGGACGGCGCAGCGGGGGCCGCUCUUCUCGCCCCGCGCCGUCGGCUGCAAGGCGCUCAUCCUCGGCGGUCACGGCUCGGACCCCCUGGGCGGCUACCGCGGCCACGUGGCCGCGCCGCGCCUGUGGAGCGUCGCUCGGACGCACGGCGAGAUCCGCGCCGGCGUCCCGCUCAGCCUGUGCGGGGCGGACCCGCCGGGACUGGUGAUGGGCGAGAGCGCCGUGGAGCAGCUGCGCCAGCGCUGGAAGCCCGUGGCGAAGGACGGCCGCUUCCCGCGGCGGGAGGAGGCCGACGACCCCGGCGUGACCCCGAGCGACGGGCCGGUGCUCUUCGCGCCCACGUGCGGGCAGACGGUGUGCGACGACGUGGGGGUGAUCGGCAGCUACAACCGGCACUGGUGGCUGCGGCGCGGCAAGGUGGUGCGCUACAGGGUGAUCAACGUGCACGAGGAUGACCGGUCGAAUCCCACGGUGACGGAGGAGCAGAUUCAGCUGCAGCACCGGGAGCUGAACGCCGCGUUCCAGCCCUACAACAUCACCUGGGAGCUGACGGUCAAGGACGUGGCGGACUCGUGGCUGCGGCGGCGGGUCGUGCUGGCGAACUGCGAGGCGAGCAAGAUCGGCAACGGGGCGUGCGAGGUCGAGUGCAACCACACGCUCACGGGCUACGACGGCGGCGAGUGCCUGACGCAGCGGCCGCCCGCCUGCCACUGGGGCGCCUCCAACGGGCGCUGCAACCCCGAGUGCAACAACGAAAAUUACCGCUACGACAACGGCGACUGCUGCGACCCGGCCGUCACCGACGUCGCGCGGACGUGCUUCGACCCCGACUCGCCGCACAGGGCCUACCUCAGCGUUCAAGACCUCAAGGAGACCCUGAGGCUGGACGGAGCGACCCACCUCAACGUCUACUUCCCCACGUCACUGGGCGACGUGCUGGCGGGGGUUGCCAUGUGGCCCUGGGAGAAGGACGCCCUCACGCACCUGGGCGGCAUGGCGCUCAACCCGACGUACUACGGCAAGCCGGGCCACACGCACACCAUGAUCCACGAGAUCGGCCACGCGCUCGGCCUGUACCACGUCUUCCGCGGCGUGUCGGAGGUGGAGCACUGCGGGGACCCGUGCCUCGAGGUGGAGCCGUCGUUCGAGACCGGCGACCUCUGCGAGGACACGGCGCCCGUGCCGCGCCACAAGGGCUGCGGGGACGCCGAGGUCGACAGCAAGGACAUGUGUGGAGCGAGGCGCUUCUACGACGCCCCAUUCCACAACUACAUGAGCUACGCCGACGACGACUGCACCAGCUCAUUCACGCCGAACCAGGUGGCGCGCAUGCACUGCUACCUGGACAUGGUGUACGAGACUUGGAGGGAGGAGGCCGGUCCCACGCCCGUGCCGCUGGCGCCGCGGGUUCACCAACAGGGCAUCGACUUCCUCAGCCUGCGAUGGAUGCCCCCCAUCAGUGGACAGGUUUUUGAAAGGGAGCCAGGUGUUCCGUGCGAGGAGUGCGGGGAGGACGGCGAGCUGGUGCAGUACGCGUGCAACGCCUCGUCGCCGCGACCCUGCGACCCCUCGGGGCACUGGAGCCCACGGCAGGCUGAAGGCCCGCCCGACGUGGAGACGCCCUGCGACGCGAGCCUGCGCACCUGGAGCCCUGAGCUGAGCGUUCCGGGGGGCACCUUGUCCGUGCCGUGCCCCUUGCCGCCCAGCGGCUGCGCCCUCAAGCUCUCCUUCUGCCGCCCGACCCCCGCCGCCUCCGUCACCCUCUGGGUCACCUACGUGAGCGCGCGCAGCGGCCACACCAUCCACGACCUCGUGCUGCUGCUCGCCAACGGCACCGCCGUCUCGCUAGGGCCGCACAAGGUGUCCUGCGACGUUCCGCUCACGGUCCGCGUGCCGCCGAUGGCCGUUGGCGGUGCCGAGGAGCCCGCGAUCGCCGGGCUGAGGCUGCACACGUUCGACGAGAAGCUGGAGGUGGACGCGGCGGCGCUGAGCUCGGGGCCCGGGAGCGAGCUGUGCCGCCGGUGCCGCCCGCUGCGGUACGAGGUGGCGCGCGAGCCGCCGUUCAGGGGGCGGUGGCCGUCGAUGGUCUCGGAACUGCGCCGCGAGUUUGUGGACAGGGACGUGGAGGAGGGAGCUGUCUACUCCUACCAGGUUCGCGUUGUCUCUGGUUCGGGCUUCUCCGAGUUUUCACCUCCGCUCGUUCAUCGGCACGGCGCGGCCUUCUGCGGUGACGGCACGGUGGACAGGUCCGAUGGAGAGGAAUGCGACGAUGGCGGGGUCCGUGAUGGCGACGGCUGCUCCGCGUUCUGCCGCCUGGAGAAGGACUUCAACUGCGUGGGCUCGCCGAACGUGUGCUACGCGUACGCCGGCGACGGGCUGUGCGAAGAAUUCGAGAAGGAGGGCAGCGGGCUGGACUGUGGGAUAUUCACGCCUCCGGGUCACGCGGAUCAGUGGGUGUCCCAGGCCACGGCCUCCCACCAGGACAGCCUCCACUGCCCGGCCAGUGUCCUCGUGGGCCCUCCGGCCCUGUCGAAGGGCUGCCGGAGCAAGUUCGUGGUGCUGCCGGAGGACAUGUCGAGCUACGCGUGGUUCCCGUGCUUGCAGGCCGCCGACCCCGACACAUACCCCUCCGAGAACCCCUACUGGAUAUGGGUGAACUUCCCCUACCCUCGGAUCGCCACGGCGGUGGUGAUUUACUUCUCUGCCGAUGGCAUCGGCAGAUCCCUGGCCAACCGGAGCCAGAAAUACGUGCACGUGUCACUCAUCGAAGACGAUGGCACGAGUUACUCCCUAGGGAGCUACCCCAUCAGCUGCAGCUUCAACCCCUUGGUGAUUCCGGUGACCUCCCCUGACCCCUCGGCACCCCAGGUCUUGACUCGGGGUGUGCAGGUCAGCAUGGGGUCACCGGAGGUCGCCAUCUCUGGGGUGGCGCUGCGAUCAGCCAGUCAGGGGGAUCGCCCGCACUGCGAGGAGGAGGAGGAUGAGGAACCGCGCGGAUCAAAAAGCUGCGAGAUGCCGGAGUCACCUUGCGCGCGGCCGCACGUGGAGAACGGCGCCGUGGUCUGCACCGGCGACGCCGGAGAGGCCCUGGGCGGACGUGACGGCGGGGUGCAGACCGCGUGGGCCGAAGGUGCCGAGGAGCCGGAGGCCCGCGACUCCGGCGUGGCGUGGCGGCAGGGGAUGACGCCAGGAAGCCAGCGGUGCUCCGUCACCUGCAACCGCGGCUUCCAGCUGUACGUGCGCGGGGAGAAGGAGACCAACGUCAGCAAGGCGAGCCCGGCAGAGUCCGUGACCCUGGCGUGCGCCUCGGAGCGCUGGAGCGGGGAGGUUCUCUGCCGUCCCGUCGACUGCGGCCACCCGCACCCCUCGCUCGUCCCGCACGCCGCGUUCUCGUGUCCCCGGGGCACCGCGCGUGGACAGUCCUGCUCCUUCCAGUGCCGCCCACCCGCCCAGCAGAAGGGCACCAACACGGCAGUGGCGUGCCUGGCGGACGGCAUGUGGUCGCACCCGGAGGCGUCGUGCGAGCUGGUGUGUUUGCCGCCGCCGGCGCUGCCGCACGCCGAGCUGCGCACGUCGCAGUGCGCCAACGGCACCCACAAGCUCGACUCCGUCUGCAAGUUCCGCUGCCGCCCCGGAUACCGCAUCGCCGGCGGAAAGGGCAAGAGGAAGAACUUUCAGGUGCGCUGCACGGAGGAUGGCCGGUGGGAGGAGGGAGGCUGCGUUCCAGUGCUCUGCAAGCCUCCACCGACCAUUCUCCACGGACUCUACCAAUGCACACGGGGGUUUGAGGCUGGCAGCCGCUGCUCCAUCACCUGCAAGGGAAAGGACAAGGCGAGUUCCAGCUCCCAGCGGUGCACAAAGAACGGCGUUUGGAAGGGCCAACUCCGCCAGUGCCCAAACCUCAACGGGGAAUGCUCCCCUCCGGAGUCAAGUGGCACAGUCCUCUUCAUGUGCGACCAGGGCCACAAAAUAGGUGCUCAGUGCAACCCGAGCUGCAACAAACCGAUGCACGACCCCGUGGUGCUUCCGGUGAACACGUCGGCGGAGAAGCUGCCCUACUGGGUCAGCGUGCCUCGAAUCCAGCACAUCAUCUGCACAGCCGUGAAAAAGUGGUACCCAGACCCAUCGACCAUGAAUUGCAUCAAGUCUUGCGAGGAUACCUUUAAAGGGGACGGCUGGUGUGAUCCUCAUAAUAACCGGGCCUACUGCCAGUAUGACCGCGGAGACUGCUGUGCCUCUACUGCCAAUGCCAAAGAGGAUUUUCACUCCAACCCUCUGCACCUACCAGUUCGCACACAGGUGAUUCCAUUCGGACAGCCAUGUGACUUCCAAGGCGAGUGCGCUUGCCGGGAUCCCGAGGCGCGGGAAAACCGGCAUCGGAUAGGAGACCUCCGCUUGCCACCGCAUCUUUAGAGGUCACCAACGUACAAAAAAAAAAGCCCGCCGUGAAAUGACACGGGAUAUUCCGCAGGAAGCGAUAACAAUUCAAAUAACAUUAACGGUGUCAUUAAAAAAAAAAAAAC